AUGCUGGAACCGGCGGCGAUGCUGGAACCGGCGGCGAUGGAGGUGAUGCAGGAACCGGCGGCGAUGGAGGUGUGGAACCGGCGCGAUGAGGAACCGGCGGCGAGUGGAAGGGAGGAAGCGGGGGUGGAGUUUUCUGUUCCCAACCCAAAUGGAGCAGGGAAAAAUGGAGGUUUGGAUGGCAGCUGUGGGUUUGUUUGUGAUGCCACUGAAGAGCAUACUUGCCCUGAUGGAAGCGUCGUCACCGCGGCACUUCCUGACUGCGAGUUCCAUUGUCCAACAGAGGAUGGAGGUGAUGGAACCGGAACCGGCGGCGAUGGAACCGGCGGCGAUGGAGGUGAUGGAACCGGAACCGGCGGCGAUGGAACCGGAACCGGCGGUGAUGGAGGUGAUGGAACCGGAACCGGCGGCGAUGGAGGUGAUGGAACCGGAACCGGCGGCGAUGGAGGAUCAGGAGGUGAUGGUGGUGAUGGUGGAAGCGGAAUUGUUACCGGCUCUGGCAAUCCUUGGGAUGGUCUGAAUUUGUGGGAAGUUGCUGAUCAAGGCAUUCCUUUCCCAGAGUGCGGUGAUGUUGGUCAAAAUGAGUCCUUCCAAGGUACUGAUUUGAUCAACAAUCAGGGUGAAUGUGCUCGAGUCAACAUUUGCCACGGCAAUGCUGGGUUUGGUUGGAACCGUAUCACUGUUGACCGAGAUGCUAUUGGAGUUGACAACGAUGGUCAAGGAGGGCAUGCCAAGUACGAGCACAAUCAUUCUAACGAGAAACGCCCAGACUUUUUCCCAGGCAGUGUUUCUGUUCCCAACCCAAAUGGAGCAGGAAAAAAUGGAGCUUUGGAUGCCAACUGUGGGUUUGUUUGUGAUGCCACUGAAGAGCAUACUUGCCCUGAUGGAAGUGUUGUCACCGCGGCACUUCCCGACUGCGAGUUCCAUUGUCCAACAGAGAAUCCUACUUCAGGUCCAACUGCAAGCCCUACACUUGCACCCACUGGAGGCCCAACUGCGAGUCCUACGUUGAACCCAACCACCUUGGCCCCUACUGUUGCCGAGGGACAUCCUUCUGCUGCACCAAGUACUGCAAGCCCAACUGGAGCACCCACUGCAGGUCCCACAACAGCUCCAACAGGAGAACCGACCUCUUCUCCCACUGCAAGUCCUACCUUCCCUACCACUUGCCCUCUUGAGAAGCCUGAUGUUGGCAGUCCAUGUGGCUUUGAAGGCAAUUGUGCUUAUGGAAGGGACACUUGCUGUGAUGGAAGUGAGCAUGACAGUUUCAUGGCACAGUGUGGUGAUGGCAGCGUGCAGGGAUACUUCAUCGAUGCGUGCCUGUCUGUGGUCUGUCCAGCACCCACCCCAGCAGCACCAAAGCCAACCCCAGCAGCACCAAAGCCAACACCAGCGAACCCUGCCCCAACACCCGCUGAUCCUGCCCCUACUCCUUCCGCUCCCAAGCCAACACCUGCCGCUCCCAAGCCCACUCCAAACGGCGUGAUUCGAAUUGGUGAUGAUACCCUGGAAGUAAAGGGAGGGAACAACGUUGCUCAGUACUGGAUCAAUGGAGUUGAAGGCAAAUUGGAAAACAACGGAAUUUUGCCCCAGAAGGUUGGAGGACAUGAAAUCAAAUACAAGAAUAUUUCCAAGAAGCAGAAGACCUUCCGUUUCAUGGACCUCCCUGCUGGCGUCGUGAUUGGCUUUGAGACUUUUAAUGACUUUUACCCGGAAACUUGUGAAAUGCCCAAAGUGGACCAGGAGACCAAGCGCCGCUUGCGAGAAGGAAAUCUUGACCUCAAAGAUGCCCAGAUUGCGUGUGCCCGUGUGAACCCUGAGGAUCGCGACGCGUGCAUCUUUGAUGUGCUGGCUACGAAUGACAAGGACAUGGCCGGAUCCUACUAG